AUGCAAAGCUCUGACGAGGGCGACUUUACAGAAUACAGUUCUCAAAAUGAACCCGUGAAUACCGAAAAGCACUCUGAAGAGGAAGAAGACAUUAAAGAUGGCGGAUAUGGCUGGGUCAUCGUGGCAGCCGUUUGCUUAGUAUUGGCCCAUUCAUUUGGAAUAAAUUCUAUGUUUGGUGUAUUUUUAGCAUUCUAUCUAAAAAGCAAUACUUAUCCGGGGGCUACUCCUUUACAGUUUGCGUUUAUUGGAGGUCUCUGCUUUUCAGUUGCUUUUCUCGUGCCGCCGUUGUCGACCAUAUUAUAUCGUAUGACGGGUGUUCGGGUUACCGUCAUAAUUGGAGGAAUAUUCAUAUCAGGCGCCUACAUUGCCGCAUCCUUCUCGAAAACUAUCUGGCAGCUCAUCCUCAGUCAAGGAGUCUGCUAUGGCAUCGGCAUGGGAAUAUGCUUCACCGGAACUGCGAGUUUAGUUCCUCAAUGGUUCAAAAAACGGCGAUCUCUCGCAAAUGGUAUUGCAACUAGUGGAACGGGCUUUGGCGGUCUGACUUAUUCCUUAGCUGCAAAUGCAAUGAUUCAAAAGCUGGGCAUUGCCUGGACUUUUAGAAUAAUGGGCAUCAUCUGUUUUGUUGUGAUUUCGAUCUCUGCUCUAUUUCUGAAGGACCCCAACAAGAAUUCAAAGGCCACACUCAAGGCUUUUGAAUGGAAACUUUUCAAGAUGGUUGACUUUUGGUUGUUUCUCGGCUGGCUAUGGUUGGCCAGUUUGGGAUACGUCGUUGUUGUCUUCUCUCUUUCAGCAUACGCUCAGCAAAUUGGAUUUUCGGCACAACAAGGCUCUUUGGUAUCUGCCAUGUUCAAUCUUUCGACUGGUAUUGGUCGCCCAAUCAUCGGUUUCCUUUGUGAUAGAUAUGGCACAAUCAGAGUUACUACAGCCGGAACAUUAUUUUCAGCAUUGAUUACAUUUUUCAUUUGGAUAUUUGGCGGCAAGUCAUAUGGCGGUUUGAUGGUAUACGGCUUACUGGGCAUGUUUCCCAGUCUCUUGUGGGCCACCUUUGUGGUCAUGGCCGCCUCAAUUUUUGGAUUGAAGCUGAUGCCUGCUGCUAUAUCUCUCUCAAUACUCACACUUGCACUCCCGUAUACCUUUGCGGAGGCGAUUGGGCUUAGCUUGAGAAAGCCGGGUGUGGAUGGUUUUCUCAACGUACAAAUCUUUGCCGGCGUAAUGUUUCUCGCUGCCGGUAUUUGCAGUAAGUCGUAUGGCGUUAUGUGA